AUGACUGGCCAGCUCGGCGAAAUCUCGAAAGAAGCGGACUGGAUCAAAGCUGAGAUGUCUGACAAAAAUACGGAGAUGACGAAGAAGCAACAGGAACCGAGAAAAUUGUUUGUUAUGCUGAUCCAGUCCGAUACAGAGCUACGUGACAAGGAAAUGGUGCGGAAGCUAAAGAAACUGGGCGAGGGUUUUGUGAUGAUGGUCAGUCUGGUUACAGACACUAUUUGGUUGUCAUUGAUGUUGUCAUUGAAAUUACGAGAUCGUGUUCAGGUUCGAUAG